CAUCAGUCCAGUAGUUCUCAGGCCACUGAACUGAAACCCGGAGCCGUGUGGAUGUUAUAGGCACUGUGGAUUUUAGUAUUUGUCCAGAAGACCUUUUUUCCUCAACAUUUUUUGUUUUGUAGGACAUAUAGACUUUGUGCUGUUUCAGUUGGUUUGCACAUUACAACAGGAGUAUGAUACUCAGGAGAAAUUUCUACUUGCUGCCUUUGCUGUUACUAUGCAUCAGAGCACUACCUCAAGAUGGCCAUGUGGAAGAUGAAUCCAUCUUCGACCUUUUCAAAAUCAGCAGCAUCAGCAGAAAGACGAUUGGUGCCAAGCUCUUCAAGGGCCACGACUGGGACUCGCCUGCAUAUCGCUUCAUCCGUUUUGAUCACAUCCCUGCUGUGAGCACCCCGGCCCUCCAUCAGAUCCUAAAGCAGGUCCAGAACAAUGAGGGCUUUGUGUUUGUGGCCACCAUACGACAGGACAAGGGCUCCAGGGGAACCCUGUUUGGUCUGGAGGGCCCCAGUGGGAGCCGUCAGUUUGAGAUUAUGUCCAAUGGGCGUGCCAACACGUUAGAUCUACUCUACAUGGUCGGGGGAUCUCAGAAUGUGGUGUCCUUUGAGGAUGUGGACUUGUCUGAUUCGCAGUGGAAGAACAUUACGCUGUACAUUCACGGAGAGAACGCUCACCUCUACGUAGGCUGUAGCCUCAUUGACAGCGUGAUCCUGGAUGAGCCUUUCUAUGAACAUCUGCGGUCUGAGGGCAGUCAGAUGUUUGUGGCCAAGGGAUCUAUCAGAGAAAACCACUUCAGGGAAGUUAACGUGGUUAAUGAAAGUACAGAGACUGUGUCUGUUGGUAUGGCCAUCUCUACCAACUUCAUUGGGCAGAAGGAAAAAAUGGCAUCGGAUGUGUGCGAGCGCUCCUGUGAGGAAAUCACCAACAUGGUCCAGGAGCUCAAAGGUCUCCGUAUUGUUGUGGGCAAUCUCAUCGAUGGCUUGCAGAAAGUG